GAAAUGACAGAUAAAGGUGAAUUUUCCCGUUGACGAACACACUUGCACUACUCACGAGGACCUCGUCACGAGACGCGCAGCAAAAGAUAACUUUAUGUAAAACAUCACACGGAAAUAAAACUCCAUCACGGUAUUGAGGUUGAACAAAGAAAUUCUGUAAUAGUACAUCGUAUACCAUCAUAAACAUUGCCAGAGAAGAUAGGGACCCCCCUCCCGUCAAAUUUGGAGGAUGAACCAUACGGGCUUCACGGCAAAUGGGGCAGUGGAUUAUGCCUACUUCGGUAUCAUUCUGACAUUUUCAAUUUCGUCUCUCCUCGGUUCUUCGCUCAUUAUCACCGUAUAUGUCGCCUACAUAGAGCUCAGGACAACAAGUCGGCGCUUGCUGACAUACCUGAGUGUAAGUGAUCUCAUCUCAGCAGUGGCUUACCUCAUGGGUGUGGUCUGGGUGCUGACCUUGGGUCACGAGAACGCCUUGAAUCAGGAACCCCCAACUGAAACAUUCAUGGUGCUGUUCUGCGAGUUUCCGGCUUUGAUGGGUAUGUUUGGGGCCAUGAGCUCGUGCCUCUGGACCACGGCUAUCGCGAUCUACCUGUACAUGUGUAUUGUUAAGAACGACGUGUUCCGAGCUGAGAUGCUGAUGUGGCCAUUCCAUUUUGUGUGCUGGACCGUACCAGCUGUAAUCUGUGUGGCGGCCUUGUCGAGCGACGUAUUAGGCUAUGACUUGACUCUGGCUCACUACCAGACCAGGGCCAGCCUGUGUUGGAUCAAAGAGGGUCCCAGCCAGCUGGUGUGGCAGCUCGUCAGCGGGCCGGGGUGGGAGAUCGUGGUCUUCGUCAUCAUUGGUAUCCUGUACGGCAACACUAGGGCAUACAUUGCCAAAGAGCUGAGGUCUGAGAGUCAAGUCUACGUGUCAGACGAGACCAUGACGGCCAUCCACAGUGCCAACCAAAAACUUCUCUUCGUCCCCAUCGUGCUGAUAUUACUAAGGGUGUGGGGGAUGGUAAGGUUCCUGGUCACAGACCUGGCGGCAGACAAACAGGAGGUGGAAAAUAAUCCGAUCAUGAUCAUCAUUAUGCUUCUUCAGGGCGCCGGGGACAGUGCCCAAGGCCUCGCCAACUGCAUCUUGUUCUGUUUCUGUACUGCCAAAGUUAGAACGCAACUGUGGCGCUCUCUACAGGCUUGUCGUGAACAUUGCCUCCUUUCCUGCAGACGACGACGUAACACGAUGUCCUGUCAGGCGGAAACUACAUACCGCUUCCAUCAACAAAAAUCAAAAUCUGAGUCCACUCCAAUUGUUACAUGUGAUAUUCUCUCGGCGUCAUAUGACACAUAAUACAGGAUGUAUACUGCUGUACAACCAACAACAGACCUUGGCCUACAGCCAAAAUUGUUCAUUCAGAAACUGUCUUGCCUUCUCUGUGGUGUUGUGUUUCUAAAUGCGUAUUUCGAAAAAUGCCGUCCAAUUUAUUUUAAAUGCUACAGUUUUGAUUAAGAAGUAGUGAGUAUGGAUCAAAAUGAAAAGAGUUUUUUAAAUGUUCCUGUAGAUAAGCCUGUUCUGUAUAUUACGCUGUUUUUCCUUAAUCAACAACGUAUACUCUAUCCAAAACCGUUCACUGAAUUACCUAGUAUCCAUUAACUUGUCUUUAUUUUUGAGACACUUUCUUAAUGGAAAGAGAGAUUGGUGAAAACGAGAAAUUCGGACUUGGCAUACAGGUGUAUGCGUGUAGAUAGAAAAAAUAUUAUUUCAAUAGUUUUGACCGGGAUAUACCUGAAACUUAGUGACGAAUGUAUUUUGCCAUAUUAACGUCUAACGCGCAUUGUAUGGUUUUAAUGUUUAGAGGGAAAAUAAUUAUUUCGAACUUCUGCUCA